UUCUGAAGGGGCUCUAAAUGGCUCUAAAUGUUGAUAGUUCGAGCGAGCGCGUAAACAGACGCCAGAAUUUCUGUAAACCAAAAAGUACAUAUUGUUAACCGCUGGAUGAUUUCUCGCGAGAAUGAAUCGCGCUAAAAGGAUCUGCGCAUACCGAGACUGCGACGUUGAUAGCCAUAGUAAUCCGCACCGAACACUAUUUGCGUUUCCCAAAGAUGAAAAGCGGGCAAACAAGUGGCGUGAAGCCGGAGAAGUUGACCCCAUUGACAAUGUCCAGCAGUUCAUGUGUGAUAAACAUUUUUCUCGUAUCUAUAUGUGCUUCAGUGCACGCCGGAAGAUGUUAUUGAAUACAGCAGUCCCCAGACGUUACGGUAUCGAAGACAACGACGAGGUGGAACCAGAACAAGUGCAAAGCUCAUCGGCUGACGCCGAAGAAGUAACAAUCGAGGAACAUUUAGAUGAAAGCUUGAUCGGGGACGCCGAUGACGAUGGUGAAGGCACUCUCACUGAAAUUAUUUACAUGGAUGACUACAAGGAGGAACAAGAACUUGAGCAAGAUACGCCUAAGCGUAAAACUCGUAAAUCACCAGGAACGAAACCAGUAAAUAUUACCAAAAUAGAAGCACUUCCAAUUUCCGGAACGUCCACUGUUGUUUCUUCAUCUACUUCUACUGGCCCUGCGGCUAAUGGUACCCUCAAAAAUCUAACACCUCCCACGGGUACUGUUCUUCGCAAAGUGAAACUCAAGAAGCGGCCAACAGUGGUUCCUUACAAUGCCUGUGCUGAAUCCAUUUCUCCUAAAAAAAUGAAAAUGGAUCAAAUCGGAGAUGGAGCACAAGAAACAGUUGAAGCAACUGUAAGUUCGACACCGGAGAAAAAAUUCUCUUUCGUGAAACUAACACCGCCGAAGGUACAGACUUCGGCUUCAAGUUCUAAAACUGCCAGUCCCAAAACCAAGCCAGUCGAGCAACAUAAGCAAUCAACAAGCAGCAACAAAAAGAACGCCAAAUCGAUUGACGAGAAGAACGAGGCGAUAUACGAAUUCAUCUUCAAGGGCGAGGAAUACAUUCAAAUGCCCAAAGCACUGUACCAAGAAGAACUGGGUGCUAUGAAAAUUCGUUUGGGUGAAUCUCAGACAGAAAUUUCUGUUCUACAGAAAAAGCUAGAUUAUUAUCGUAACAUGGUUAAAGACUUGAAGGAUUUUUUGGACGCUUUACAAGAGGAAAAUGUAGAGUAACUACGAAAACAGUAAUGAUUCGAUUGAUAUUGAAUUAAUUCUGCUUGUGGAUAUCAAGCAUAUAUAUUCUGCGCUUCGCGCCAUUCGGUCUUCUAAUGCUCCAUUACAUAUAAUCAUUCUAAGGUAAUAAACAAUGGUAUCUCCUAUGUUACCCAAAAUUAACGAUCAAUUACAAAGUAGUAGGAUUUUUCAAUGUUAUGCCAAGUAAAUUGAGAUUUGAUCCCAUCAACCUCUAUUACAGAAGACGAGGUGAGCAACUCGCCGUGUCUUCUGUAAUAGAGGCUAUAAGUCCUAAGAUUUGCAAAAUAUAGUUGGACAAUUUUGGUGACAGUUUAACGUCAAAAUCCUUUCGCAAGACUACGCAAGGUGUGUGUGGCUAUACGAAAAAAAGUUGAAGUUUUGUACUUCGCCGUACAAAGGUAAAGUAAUGUGAAUGUCUCAGAGACUAGCAAAUUUGUUUAAUUCUUCCUCGUUAUCUGUUAUUUCAACUGAAAUUAACGAUUUGUACGGUUAGAUCUACACAAUGAUAUUUUUUUUUUCACAAAUAGCCUGCUACUCUUGAGAUGUAGGUAAUUUAUGUCGAAUUCGUUUAUACGGCAGGACUAUCCCGUCCCGAACUACGCUUUGCAGCUAAAAAAAAAACUUCCCGAGCAGUUGCAAUGGUGUGCGUAAUACCAAAGGUAGCUGUCACUUUUGUUUUGGUCAUUAUCGCCAUUCGCGUUGACGGUGUUGCUGAUAUUUGUUUGGUUUUUGCAUGCGAAAAAGAAGGAAGGAAAUAUUUUUGCACAUUUUGACAAUUACAUAUGAGUGUUUACCUAGGUGCGAACAGCCUUCAAACUCUCCUUCAACGCGAAUAACCCGAAUUGUCUUUUAUCGCGUUUGUGCUACUGUACGAAAAAUUU